UAGCUCCUCAAGCUAGAUUAGUGCUAGUGAAGUGACUCCGUUCCAUAGUCGAAGUCGUCCCAAUACUUGCUUCUAGCGCCGACACACAGUGAAAUUGUGCGGAACGUCUUGCAUUAAUCGGUCGUGCUGAUAGUGUGUGGUGAUUAAACGAUAACAGAAAUAGGAAUAGAUCCAUUCGAAUAUUGUGAGCAGAAAUAAGAAAAUUUCAUUGAAUUUAUCUCCAACGAAAAAAAAAUUAAGAUGAUGGCUGUGAAAAUGAUUAGAUUUAGCUGAUAGACAUUUUCUUUUUGUUUUUUUUUUCUGGAAAAUUGCAGUGAAAAGUGAAUACGAAACAGUGAAAAAUUUAACAAAAAAAAAUCAAAUGAAAUUAUUAAUCAAUAAUUUGGGUCUUUAACGAGAAAGUUAACAAUUUUUUUUAAAUCUUAACUUGUGAGAUUAGUAAUAAGUGCUGGAAAAUGGGUGAUCUAACGCCGAUGCAAGACGGUAGGCGAUCUAAAAGCCAAAUAUCUGUCUUUGACUAUCCGGAGCAUUUGAAUCCCUUCUAUGAGGAUGAAAAUCAUAAACGAUUACGAUUCUGGAAAAUCGGAAAAAAGGAUGGAACAUCAAGCCGUCGUGGAAGCUUUUCACUAGGUGGACUUCGUGAGAUGUGGACUUUCAAAUCACUUCGUGGUAAAAAGAAGUCAUCAACAUUAGGCAUAAAUAAAACAUCGGAAAGUCCAGAACCGUUACGACGAACUUUAGGACAAAAUGAUAAUCUUUAUGCGACAUACGAUCCACGAUAUCGAAAUACAUACGAUAAUGGCUCAAUUAAUAAUAAUUUUCAACGUAAUGUACCAUAUCGAACGUCAUUACAAGAUAUGAGUUGUAAUAAGGGAAGCAAUGGAAACGGAUUUGGCUUAUUGCGAAACGACAACUACAGAAGCACAAUACAAAUAACUGGACGACGUAAUAACAUAAAUAAUUCAGCAUCUAACACACCAACGGUACCAACAAGAAGGUACGUUUAUGGUGGCUCUGUAACACCUCAGCCACGUACUAGAUUUGAUCACAAUACUAGUUCACAGGGGAUUAGUCGAGGAUCAUCACAACUGAGUGUUGCCAGCAGUACAAAUCCCUUUGAAGAUGAUGAUGACGAUGUAACGACUGGAAGGCUAUCUAGUACGGAAGGGAGUGAUCGGCCGACACCGACAAAACGGAGGGUACGGAAGAAACGACCUGCACCACCACCUCCAGUGCCUGUUCCUAAAAGCAUAGACGAGGAAGGAAAUAGUAUCCCUGCAACUCCUACAACCACAAAAACAAUAAUCCUAACAACAGCGGCAUCAACCGACGAUGAAACUUCUAGUCAAGAUAACAAUUUCGAAAAUCAACUCCAACAUCAAAUGCAAAGGACUAGGGAUUUCAACGAGGAAGAGAAGAAAGAAAUAUCCAACAUCGCCGCAGAAAUAGAACACUAUGUGAAACUGCUUUCGGAGGAUGCUGAUGAUGAAUCAGCCAUUCGCCUGAUCCCAGUAACGAAGCCUGUCUUGCUGCAAAAAUCAAAGAGCUCAACGUCAGUCCCAAAAACUGCUAGUCCUAACCAAAUGAAGAAAGCAGGAAGCGAGAUUCUUUCGCGAUCGGAGCCCGGUAAGGACACACCUGCUCCAACCCGAGCCGAGAUUGCAAUCUGGUCUGAGGGCAUAGCCAACAAAAAGAAUCGGGAAAGCAUGAAGAAAAUUAUUCAGAUUCGAAGGGAUUCCUUGAUGAAACCCAUUCCUGCUACAAGACGUCGCCCUUCAAUUACGAGUCUUACAUCAUCUAGGUCGGAUGAAGCCGGGCGAAGAUCUGCAUCUCCUGAACGGAAGUCUCCAUCACCAGAAAAGAAGCAAAAUAACACUUCACCCCCUGGAGACAAGCCUACACCAUCCGCCAGAAAACAUUCUCCUACUGAAGAGGAGAUGAAAUCGCGAGGUUCACCAGCAGCAGAAAAGAAAGCUGUGAUCGCCAAUGGAUUUCUUCCAAAUCAAAGUGGGCAACAUGCUGAUGAGGAGAACAACAACUUGGACCAUCGAAGUGCUUCCAGCAAAGAGCAUACUCCGCUCAAUUCAAGCUACGAUACAACAACAGAUGAAUCAAUACCGCCUGCAGUUGAGCUCAAAAUAACUGAGUCCAGAGAAGAUAUUUCAGAUAUCUCCAACACUAGCUCGGAACGCUACCAAAUAAGAUACGUCCCCCUCAAAGAAGGCUCCCCAGAAACACCCCCUGAAGUUCGCAAGGAUCCAAAACCUGAAUUCAAGCCAGUCAAUAGCAAUCACUCAAUUCCAAUUCAACACCAUUACAACGAAAGCUGGGUAGCGGAUCAGGAACCAAGGCGUCCCAGUGUAGAACGCCGUCGAUCCGUGAAGGAGAUCAUUGACUCAAUCAACCGUAGCCAAAGUCUACUGAAAGUCAAUCAAGACCCACAAAAGCCUCCUAGGGCAUCCUCGAAUUUAGUGAACGAUUUGAAUGGAUCUGCAGAAAGUACAGUGACUCCUCAGAAGGCAUCCAAAAGCGAAGUGGAGGAAACCUAUCGCCGUCUGUCCCAAAGCGAGGCUGAGAUCAAGCGCAUGAUCCUUGAAAUGGAGACCCUGACGAAUCCCAACGAAAUGAACAAUUACUGCGAGAAUGUCCCCAGCAUACUUGACCGUUUCGAUGAGGAGGUGAACAACAAUGAUAUUUUCAAGAAAUGCGUGCUGAAGAAGCAGUUGAUCAGGGAAGGGUCUCCAACUGCCUCGAAUUUAGAUUGGAAUCCUGUCCCGAAACCGAAGAGGUCGAAAAAUUUGAGUAUGGAGUUGAACAAGAAUAAUGGAAACUGAGAUUCGUCUGUGGUUUGUUUACUAACAAUCUUAUAUUUAUACUUUUAUUAAGGACAUGAGGAACAGAUAGAAUUUUUCGGCGUAAAUUAAGAAAACAUGGGAGCAGCGGUCAGAAGGCAACCCAUCGCUCAAAGCUACCUUGGGAGUCAUAUUGAAAUCAAAUGGUGCGCGCGGUGCUCCUUUGGAAUUGAGGAAAUUGUAAAAAAAAGAUAUAUUCUUAUAUUAAAUGUAGAAUUAGUGCAAUAUUUGUACAGUCAAUUGAUGAGCCCCGCCUUCGGGCGAGCUUUCUUAUAGUCACAACUUUGUAGGAGAAAACGUUUCUUGGGAGGAAAAAAUUAGUUCGAAAUUAUAAAAUCAGAUUUGUGUAUUUUUCUAAAGUUUUUUUUUCAAUUUUUUUCUUCUUGUAUUUAUCAUAUUAUGGAGGUAUUUAUUUUAUGUCUUAGAGAUACUAUUGUGAAAGGAAAGCCGGAAGGAAGAAGGCCUUAAUACCCAAAUGGCGUAUGCAUAUGCAGUUAAAUAGUAGAGAUUUUGCUGUGUACGUAAAAGUAUAUUUUAAAAAUAAAAAGAAAAGAUUUGUUAAAGGGA